AUGGAGAGUUACGGGUCGGGUCACCGGAGGAGAAUGGAGGUGGUGAGCGGUAAAAACCACGGUUGGAGUGGUAGGCGAUCACCAGAUUCUACUCAGGGAAGUGAAAAACCUUGGAGUUUCAGCGACCCAGAAGCAAAGAGGAAGAAAAGGAUAGCUAAGUACAAGGUUUACGGCAUGGAAGGGAAGGUUAAGGCUACGGUCAAAAAAGGACUUCGAUGGAUCAAGAAAAAGUGCUCUCAGAUCGCCCAUGGCUUCUAA